AUGGAGAUGAACACAGAAGCGGAAUGGAUAGAGAACACAACAAAAACGGAGAUUCCGGACUACGUAGAACGCACACUGAUGCUGGGCCCAAACUUCAACAUCGAGAACAGACGAGACGUUCCGUAUAUCGAGCUGAUAGCAAGCAUCGAAAAAGUUAUCCAGAACAAAGAAAAUGCAGACGAGAUCAGGUCGGAAGUUUCCAACGCUAUGAUCAAUCACAUUAAUUACCGCCACCAACCCCACCACCCUCCGGGAGAAUGGAUCGAGAAAGAGGUUAUCAAAAGUAAGAAGUUUAUAAAGGCAAACCCGAACCUGGUCAUCACGAAAGCUGACAAAGGUAGCAAAACAGUAAUUAUGGAGGCUGAUGAGUAUCACGAAAAAAUGGUUAACCUGCUCACGGACGAGAACACGUAUAAAAAACUUACAAAAAAUCCAACUAACAAAAUCAUCAAAAAAAUCAACAGUUUCAUCGACGGAUGGCACAACAAAGGAUACAUCGACUUUCGGACACAAAAGAGCCUGAAGGAAUCCAGUUGCAAUCCACCACGCAUUUACGGAUUACCGAAAAUACAUAAAGACAACCGACCCCUCCGGCCGGUGGUGUCCACGAUUGGAUCGGCAACAUAUAACAUUGCCAGAUAUCUUGCCGGAAUAAGUGCCAAGGUGAUAGCAGGAGUCCAGACGAGUGAAGGAGAAGUUCUGUUUUCAUUGGACGUGGUCUCCCUAUACACCAACGUACCAGUGGACUACGCAUUGGGAUGCUUGGAGGAAAGAUGGGGAGAAGUGGAACACCAUACGAAGAUCGACAAGGAGAGCUUCGUCGAAGCAGUGAAAAUAGUGCUUGAGUCAACCUUCUUCGUGUAUCAGGGAACCAUGUAUGGACAGACCUUCGGUGUACCCAUGGGCUCGCCGUUAUCACCAGUGAUUUCCAACGUAGUCAUGGAAAAACUGGAGCAGGAGUGCAUAAGGAAACUGGAGGCCAAUCAAAUACAAAUGAAAGUUUAUAAACGGUACGUAGAUGAUUGCAUGUGUGUGGCAGGUGUUGAACACAUUCAGAUGAUCGUAGACACGUUCAACAGUUUUCACGAUCGUUUGCAGUUCACGGUGGAAAUGGAGGUGGAGGGUAAAAUUAAAUUCCUGGACAUGACACUAGAGCGCGAAAACGAUCGAAUCAUGACAGCAUGGCUACCCAAACAGCAGAUUGGACGGUAUCUAGAUUAUACAUCCAAGAGCCCCUUCCAACACAAACAUAACACGGCGAUCGCACUUUUUGAUCGGGCUAUAAAGUUGUUCUGUGGGGGAAAACGAAGGGAGGCCCUCAAUCAUGCAAGUGAAAUUUUAAGGAAAAAUAACUAUCCAUCAUGGUUUACCGAUAGAGUAAAAAAGGACAGAAUACACAAACACUAUAACACAUUGGAAACACAAAACAGAACAACACAGCCACCAAAAUACAUAUCAGCCCCCUACAUACCGUGUCUGAGUGAGAAAAUUAGAAAAAUAUUGCGACGUCAUGAUAUGACUCUAGCCUCACGACCGCAAAACAAGAUCAAACAUAAAAUCUUUAGCAAAAUGAAAGAUCGAAUACGACCAGGCAAACAGAAGAACGUGGUAUACUCUGUACCAUGUGGAACGAACGACGGUAAAACGUACAUCGGUCAGACAAAACGCAUGCUGGAGGUGAGGAUAGCGGAACACAAGAACGACUGUAGGAAUAAGAAUCCGAAAUCUGGACUAGCCACACAUACAAUAGAGGAAGGACAUGUGUUCGAUUUCGACAACACCGCAUUUCUAGAACGCAUAGACGACCCGGCAACCAGGAUGAUUGCAGAGGUAUUUCACAUCAAGAAGGAAGGCGAAAUGCGAACGGUUAACCUACAGCGUGAGUGUGGAAAUUUCAACACCACCUACAACGGACUAUUGGCUCGGUUAAGGAGAGAGCCGAAAACGCGAACACGAACGAAUGCUACCGAUGAUGAAGUGGGCAACAUAGGGAGUUGA